AUGAACAACCCUGCUAUCGGGACCCUCGAAACCCCUCAACCUGGUCGAUCUCUCCCUGACGGCUUCUCUCGAGACGCUGGAGCAGGCUUCAUGCUUGGUAGCCUUGGGGGUGUCAUUGGCUUUGCUAUCUCGUACUGUAUCGUCUGCUUCAUCAUGAGCGUCGUUCGAGCUCGACGCCAGCGCAACAGACGCCAGACAGCUAUAGAAUAA